UUCCCAUAAUUGCAAGAUCCAUAAUUCCAUACCUUACCAUAUCACAUUAUAUUUUCCCCAUUAUUUAGUGGUCCAUAUAUAAAAUAAAAUACUUGUACUCGCUCGUAAAAAGUAUUUAAGAGGGGUGCGCAACUUCCUCUCUCUGCUCCCACACGCCACUCUCUUCUUCCUUCCUCUCCCAAUAUAAGCAGAUCGGAGGAGAGAGAAACAGACACAGAUAAUAAAUGUGCGACGUAAACUAAACUAUAGCUUAACAACAACAACAAUUGAAGAAGAAGAAGAAGAAGAAGAAGGUGGCACCCAGAUUAAUCUUAUUCUUUAAUUUCUUCCUCAUUCUAAUUAACAGAGGAAGUUGAAGUUGAAGUUGUUCUUAAUUAUUAUAUUAAUUAAGAGGGUGAUUAGUUGUUAUCAGAUCCGCCAUGGCUAUGUCGACUUCAUCUUCACUCAUUGCGUCCUUUUCCCUCUUCUUCCUCCUUUUUUCAGGCUCAAUUUUACAAACUGAUGGCCUAGGAGUGGGAAUUAACUAUGGGCAGAUUGCCAAUAACCUGCCUUCCCCUAGCCGAGUUGCAAUACUACUACAAUCCAUCCAAGUAAGCCGGGUCAAGCUCUACGACGCUGACCCGAAUGUCCUUUUGGCCUUCGCCAACUCGAAUGUCCAGUUUACAAUCGGGCUUGGAAGUGAGUAUCUACAGAACAUGAGUGACCCAUCUAAAGCUCAAGCUUGGAUCCAAACCCAUGUCCAACCUUAUAUUAGCCAAACCAAAAUUACCUGUAUUGUGGUGGGUAAUGAAGUUUUAGGUGGGGGUGAUACACAGUUAAUGUCUUAUUUGUUCCCUGCCAUGAAAGGUGUUUAUUAUGCCCUUAAAUCUCUUGGAUUAACUAACCAAGUUACUGUCACAACCGCCCAUUCCACCGCGAUUUUGGCUACUUCUUACCCUCCAUCCUCUGGGUCAUUUAGACCCGAUUUAGCUGAAUAUCUCCAACCCAUGUUGGAUUUCCAAUCCCAAAUUAAGUCUCCUUUUUUCAUCAAUGUAUAUCCAUUUUUCGCUUACAUGGGUAGCCCGAAUGAAAUAUCAUUGGAUUAUGUCCUUUUUAGGCCUAACCAGGGUAUGAUUGACCCAGUUACCAACCUACAUUAUGAUAACAUGUUAUAUGCCCAACUGGAUGCAAUUUAUGCUGCGAUUAAGAAAAUGGGUCAUAGUGAUAUAGAAGUCCAGAUAUCAGAAACGGGUUGGCCUUCGAAGGGUGACCCGAAUGAGGUAGGGGCAACAGUCCAAAAUGCAGCAACUUAUAAUGGGAAUUUGCUGCAGAAGAUAGAGAAUAAAGAAGGUACCCCUGGGAAGCCUUCAGUGCCUAUUACAGUGUAUGUGUUUGCUCUUUUCAAUGAGAAUUUGAAGCCUGGCCCUUCUUCUGAAAGGAAUUAUGGACUUUAUUAUCCGAGUGGUACCCCUGUUUAUAAUAUUGGGUUGCAGAAAAGUUAUCUUCCACAAUUCUACAUUUCUUCUGGAUAUCAAAGAACACCAUUCUUGGACUUGUGUACAUUCACAAUUUUGUCAAUGUUAUUAACGGCAUUAUUCAUAUUUGGUUGAGGAAUUUGUACAUUCCAUUUAUACUAAUAUUGGGGAAGGAGAGAUGAUGACAUUGUUAGAAAUACUCUGGCUUAGCGCCUUGGAGACAUGGUGGCGUUAUAUUCAGCUUUCAUUACCCUCCCAAGACCGCUAGACAACUUGAAAGGGAGGGAACAUUAUAGGAAGGCUACAAUUUCCAAUACAAGGGUGCAGAUCAAUUACAGAGUAAAGCAGAUCAAUUACAGUUACAGAGUAUUUUUUUUAUAUAUGAAAUUCGUCACCAGAUUCAUUGUUCAUUUAAUUAAUCUAGUUUAGUAGACAUUAUUUUAAUGAAACAAAUAAAAUAAGGUCCUUAGAAAAUGCAGGUAGUCCAGGGCAUAUUUGUUAAUUAAUAGUAACAAUGUCAUUAACAGAUAUUAUAAGAUAAUUAGUACUAAUUCUUUUGGCACCCAUCUUAUGACACAAAGCUUACCUCUAGCUUAGGAUUCUAUAUCUUUUCAUACAUGUAAUAGACAAAUUAGUGCUGUAUUUAUUUAUUUAUUAUUAAAGACAAUUUUAAUUUCAUA